UUGUGCGACUUCAACGGUCGUAAGCUUUCUCCCUUCUAUGAAAUGAUUCAGCGGUUGAUGAAUCGUUUACUUCUUCUUUACCAAAUUGCCUAACAAGCAAAUUCCUUCUACAUCUGUUUAUCGAUAUUGUCUUCAAAUCUAUCAAAAGUUGUGAAUGGACUCCAGAAAUAGAGUGAUCAAUGCAGAGCACAAGUUCUCAGCGACCAAAUUGUUCAAUUACAGUAAAGGAGACACUGAAGAGCAUAUGAACAAAGCAUUACUCAAGGGAGCUCUUAGCUAUUCCCCUUCAAAUAGUACAUCAAGAACUACUGAGAUUGAAAGCCUUUGUUACUUGAAUGAAGCUGAAAUUCCCCAGAAGUUGCAGGAAACACCAUUUAAGUCAACAGGUUUCAUAGAUACCUUUAAGAAGCUGAAAAUGGAACCAGGGAAACAAAAACAAAGGGAUGCAGGUUUAACAUAUAAGAGUGUUAGAUCUCCACCUCCUAAGAAGCAAAAGCUUGAAGAAGCAAAAACAAUACAGAAUCAUCAAUGGAAAACAAAUCUAACAGUUCCCAAAAUACCCCUGUUACAGACAUUGCUGAGGCCACGACAUCUGAAGAUUAGUAAUUACAAAGAAGUAGAAAAAGAACAGCUGGAGAAAGCUCCAAAAUUCAAGGCCAGACCUUUAAACAAGAAGAUACUUGAAAGUAAAGGGGAAUUGGGGCUAUUAUGUAAUAAAAAACGGCAAGUCACUAUACCUCAAGAAUUUCAUUUUGCAAUUGAUAAAAGAAUUCCACCACGAAGAACAGCCAAUAAUGUUGAUUUGUUUAACAAGAUUACAUUGUGCUUAAAAUCCCACAACAAGAAACUAAUUCCAAGAAACACAAUACCACGUCCCUUUCAUUUCCAAACAGAGGAAAGAGGGGCACAAAAAGAAAGCAAAUUUGUGGUCAAAAUCCUACACAAGCAAAUAGAAGGGUCAUCCAAUGUGGUCACAAAAUCCAAAUCAUCAACAACAUUCAGUGGUCGUGUGAUGAAAGAUAGACAAAGAAAGUUGCAGCAUCAAACAUGAGAUACUCGUGAACCAAACCGUGGUUACCCGUCUUUAUCUGGUUCGGUUCGGUUCGGUUCAGUUUUUUUAGCAAUUCGGUUCGGUUACGGUUAAUGCUAGCAAGGUACCCGCUCAGCUAUCAUGAUUCACAAUUUUAUUACUAUCUGAUUUGAACUGUCCCAUGAACACCCUAAUGUUAACCUAGAAACAAAAAAGAUAAAUGUCAUGUGACACAAUCGACAAUUUAUUUAAAAAACCGGAUAUUUGGGUUAAUGUAAAAUGUAACUGAAAAUGUAAAAGUUUUUCUGGAUAUAAACAAAAUAUAAACGUUUUUCUGAAUGUUGGUAGAUAAGUGGUUGCAUUUUAACAUAAAAUAUACAUAAAAACAAAGAUACAUAUAGUUAAUUAUGUAAAAAAAUUAAUUUUAUAGAAGUAAAUUCGUAAAAAGAUGUACAAAGAAAGUUGGGAAAAUUUUAUAAAAAUUCUUUGAAAUCUGUAAUAUUGAAAAAAAAAAAAAAAAAAGA